AUGAUCAUCCACUCAUCGGUGGGGAUGUCAGCCUCUCCCACUGGACCAUCAGCUCCACUAGGGCCGGGACCGUGUCUGGGAGUUCGGAGGCAAGGGAAGGAGGAGAGGCAGCUUCCUAACUUUUCCCCAUCACCUCGAACCAUCGACGCCGGGCAAGAUAUCGGCCACAAGAUGCUGACCCUGUGGGCCUUGGCCAUCAUGCUAGCCAUCCAGGCAAGAGCAUCUGACAUAGGGACCCUACCUGGCAACAUAUUUCCACGGCCGGGAGUACAUUAUGUCAGUAUACCCUCUGAGCUCCACUUUAACCCCCCUGCCAAUGGGCCACUCUCAAGAGUGAGUCGGAGAGGUUCAAUCCCAAAAGGCUCUCCAGAUAGGACCGCAGGAGCCAAGUGUCCACCUGUGGCCAAGUACUUCCUGUCCAGCAGCAAACUCGAUGCGUAUUUGAAUGCCAUCCUGCCCCAGAAAAUAGAGAAGACACUGAUGUGUGAGGAGGUCAAUCUGGCUGGUGUGCUGGGGGAAGCAAUAUCCACAGUGUCCAACUCUGACCUGCUGUCUGUGUUAGACAUCACUUCACUCCUCAGUCUCUCUGGAGGUGGUGGCCUUGGUGGUAUCCUGGGCAAGGGGACUUCAUCCCUUGGUAUCCUUGGAGGUGGUGGCCUUGUUGGUGGCCUUGGUGGUACCCUGAGCAAGGGGACUUCAUCCCUUGGUAUCCUUGGAGGUGGUGGCCUUGUUGGUGGCCUUGGUGGUACCCUCAGCAAGGGGACUGCACCCCUUGGUAUCCUUGGAGGUGGUGGCCUUGCUGGUGGCCUUGGUGGUACCCUGAGCAAGGGGACUGCAUCCCUUGGUAUCCUUGGAGGUGGUGGCCUUGCUGGUGGCCUUAGUGGUGGCCUUGGUGGUGGCCUCGGUGGUAUCCUGGGCAAGGGGACUGCAUCCCUUGUGACCUGA